GCUGUGUUGGCCCUUCUAUCAUUGAGCAUUUACGAGAUAUACAAUAAUACGUUAGCCUUUGCUGUAUUAUUAUCAUCAACAAAAACGAGACUACUCGUUAACGACUAAGAAUUCAAAUGAAGAAGCACUCCAGCAAGAUGAAGAGCAAACCUGGGUAAAAGCAACACAACAAAACUAAGAUGUCUAAACACCAUCAAGACCCCAUCAAAACAGAGUGUGGAACACAGUCAGAUGAUGUUGACUGCAAUAGAGAAGAACUAGACAUUAGCCAAGCUCCCUACAUUACUAAAGGGGUUUGCAUCAGCUCCAUCCUAAUCAAAGAGGAACCAACAGACUUUGAGCAGCAGGGAAUGGGAGAGGAACCAAACCGUUCUGUUCCUUCCUUCCAGAAGAAGCACAUCAAACAUCAAAAUACAUCCAAUCCAAUGACCGGGUGUAGCCAGAUAUCAAGGAGUCCUAUGGUGAUGCUAACAAGAUUGUCUAAUGUGGUGGUUAAGACUCUUCUGCGAGACACUAAAGUGUGUUUGGUGAAGGAGGAAAACCCAGACGAGACAGAUGGAGUCUCUACUUCUCAGUUCUUUCCUUGUCCACACUGCACCAUCUCCUUCACUGACUGUUACUUCCUGGAGAAUCACAUCAAGACCAAACACCCGAAGCAGUACCUGGCCAUGCUGAAAAGCCACGUCUCAAAGAGUAAAACCGUGUAUGCCCCCAUACACAGCUGUCCCCACUGUAGCUGCAUGUUCCAUACCCCACGGCAGCUACACGUCCACACCCGUCAGGCCCACCCUUCUGCCCCGCUAAGGAAACUCCACCCCUGCCCUUAUUGUGCCCGGAGCUUCCAGUACAUAGCCAGACUGCAUACUCACUGCAAGGUUUGGCACAAAAUGUCUGUCACUUUCAUCGAUGGGUACCUCAGUUGCGCUGACUGUGGAAAGAGCUUCAAGAAUUCCUGGGGACUGGGGCCUCACCAGUGUCACAAACCUGAGGACACUAAGCCUGAGGAUGGCCCUGUCUAUAUGAACAUUGGCAUGCCAUGCUCAGAGUGUGGCAAAAACUGCUCUAGUCCUCGGAAUCUGCGCAUUCACAUGCGCACACACACCGGCGAGAAGCCUUACGUCUGUAAGGAGUGUGGCAAGAGCUUCUCAGAAGACAGCAGUUACCGCAAACACAUGAUGAUACACUCGGGGGUCAAGCCAUUCAAAUGCCAGGAUUGUGGAAAGGGUUUUGCCCGGAUGGGGCGACUCCGAGUUCACAUGACUAUUCACUCUGGCGAGAAGCCUUUCUCCUGCUCCAAAUGUGACAAGCGGUUUGCAUACAAGGACUGUCUGAAUCUGCACCUGCGCACACACUCAGGGGAGAGACCUUUCAAAUGUACUGUGUGUGGUAAAGACUUUGCUUACAGAAAUUAUCUGAAGUUGCAUCUGAAGAUCCACAACAAUGAAAGGAACUACCAUUGUGGGGUUUGUGGGCUGAAGUUCAUAAACAGUGCAGCAUUGAAAACCCACCAGCGCACACACACUGGGGAGAGGCCUUUCCAUUGCACAGUGUGUGACAAGACAUUUUUUCGACAUGAACACCUGAAGAACCACCAGCGCACUCACACAGGUGAGAAACCAUACACCUGUACCGAGUGCGGUAAAAGGUUCACUCAGUCUGGAGAUCUGGCUAAACACAAGCGCAUCCACACUGGGGAGAGGCCAUUUGAAUGUUCUGAAUGCCACCGACGGUUUAUCUGUUCUGCUGAUCUGACCAGACACAUGAGGAUCCACAAUAACUCACGGCCAUAUCCCUGCCAAGAGUGUGAAAAGAGAUUCCGCUUGGCCAACCACCUUAAAAUUCACAUGAGGACCCACACUGGGGAGAGACCAUACUCCUGCCCCCGCUGCCAUCGCACAUUUUCUCGCACCCACCACCUCACCUGCCUAGAUGUCGCUGAAUGAUGAAAUUAGACUAUAUAAAUCAAUUUUUUUACUCUUAUUGUAGUUAUUUAAUAAGGGAACAGUGGUGUAAAGAAGAUGAUUUUGUGCCCGACUCUGACCUGGUAAUGCUAAUAAAUGUGAAUGACAAUAAAGGCCUCUAUAUUCUG